AUGGCCGACUUGGACAAUGUCACUUACAACAUUGCGGCCUUUAUUGCUGCCCUCUUUGUAUUGGAGUUCGGCGCAGACAAGUUCAUCGACCACACCGCCAUCGUCGCUCGUCGCACCGGCAUUCCUGAUACCAUCAUUGGCCUUGUUACUGCUGGCGGAGAGUGGGAAGAGCUCGCCGUUGUGAUUGCAGCCCUCGCACGCAAUCGUCCAUCUCUGGCCAUUGGCAAUAUCAUUGGAUCUGCAAUCUCCAAUAUCCUUGGUGCCUUUUCCCUCGGUCUCUUAUUCCACGGCCAGGAAACGCAAAUCCAAUUUGACCGAAGCUCGCGCAUAUACUCGCUCGUCCUGUUACUCCUAACAACCUUUGUAACCCCAGCCACGUACUUUUCAGUUGAAACGGUAUGGUCAGUUUGCGGCUCCAUCUUGAUCGCAUUCUUUGCCAUCUACAUCGCCUCCGUCGGAUGGGCCAUCUCUCGAGGAACUCUGACUGCCCCCGAAGAUUCCGACGAUAGCAGUGACGAUGACAGCAGCAAUGAAGAUGGCGCCGGUGAUGAAAGCGAUUCAGACGAUAGCACUACUGGUCUCAUUGCUGAGUGGGCGCAUAACAGAGCCAACAGAAGCGAGGGUAGACCCUACGGUGCAAUUGAAAGCAAUCAAUCCUCGCGCCGAACUUCACAAGGUGGCAGUACGAAAAUGACAAGAGCAGCUGCAAGAGAUCGGCGACCACAUCGUACUCUCAGUUACCAUAUCUUUCACCUUUUCCUUGGGUUUGUGGCCAUCUGCCUCGCUGGCUACGUGCUUUCUCAUGCCGCCACGAGCAUUACCGAUGAACUAGGCAUGUCGGACGUGCUUUUUGGCGUAGUCAUCCUCGCAAUCGCAACGACACUCCCAGAAAAGUUCAUUGCUGUCAUGAGCGGUCGUCGAGGCCACGCCGGAAUUCUCGUGGCGAACACAGCAGGCAGUAACAUCUUCUUGCUCGCUCUCUGCUCCGGCAUCGUCAUGCUCGACACUAACGGUAAUUUUGAGCGUGGGAACGUCAAUAUUCCUGAACUGGGAGUUUUGUGGGGCUCGACUCUUGCUUUUACCGCAACGAUAUGGCUCAAUGGUAGACUUUCUCGCUUCAUCGGAAUCGGGAUGCUCAUCGCAUAUGUCGCUUUUGUAGUGCUAGAAUUCGUAGUCAUUUAUUAAAGUGUUC